AUGUCCAGCUCAACAUUAUCACGGGCGCUGCCGCGCGCAACGAGGAUAAACGCCGCCAUCACCCGCCGCCAAUUCGGCCUCGGCUCAUCAAUAACCUCGUCCGGGAGAGCGGUAACACCAGCAAUCAUCUGUCAGCAGCAACGACGAAAUGCCUCUUCCAAGCACCCAAAGGACUUCGAGCCGCCAUCACCCAGUGACCUCGCCGAGCUGCGUGAGCGUGUACAAGAAUUCACACGACGCGAGCUGACCGAGGAAGUCGCCUCGGCCACCGACAAGAACAACAAAUUUCCGGCCGAUAUGUGGGGCAAGCUAGGAGAGGCGGGCUUCCUAGGCAUCACAGCCGACGAGGACGUGGGCGGGUUGGCGAUGGGCUACCAGGCGCACUGCGUGGUCAUGGAGGAAUUGUCGCGUGCGAGCGGGUCUAUCGCGCUCAGCUACGCCGCUCACUCGCAACUCUGCGUCAACCAGCUACAGCUCAACGGUUCGCCGGAGCAGAAACAAAAGUACCUGCCGGGCCUCAUCUCGGGCGAGAAGGUCGGCGCGCUGGCCAUGUCCGAGUCAGGCUCGGGCAGUGACGUGGUUAGCAUGCGCACGCGAGCUAAGGAAGUUGACGGCGGCUACAUCCUCAAUGGCUCCAAGAUGUGGAUCACCAACGGCCCCGACGCCGAUGUGGUCGUUGUCUACGCCAAGACCGUCCCCGACGGCGGCUCCAAGGGCAUCACGGCCUUCAUCGUCGAUACCGCUUCCCCAGGGUUCACGUGCCUGCGCAAGCUCGACAAGAUGGGCAUGCGCGGCAGCAACACGGGCGAGCUCGUCUUCGAGAAUUUGUUCGUCCCCGCCGAGAACGUCCUUGGCGCCGUCAACGGCGGCGUGCGCGUCCUGAUGGAGGGCCUCGACCUCGAGCGGCUCGUGCUCUCGGCUGGGCCGUUGGGUUUGAUGCAGGCGGCGCUCGACGUGGCGCUGCCGUACGCCCACACGCGGAAGCAGUUCGGCACGCCGGUUGCGCAAUUCCAACUCGUCCAAGGAAAACUAGCCGACAUGUACACCAAGCUGCAAGCAUCACGCGCCUACACCUACGCCACGGCUCGCGCGGUCGACGAGCAGGGCCUGAUUCGCACGCAGGACUGCGCCGGCGCCAUCCUGUACGCCGCCGAGCGCGCGACCGAGUGCGCCCUCGAUGCGAUCCAGGUCCUGGGUGGGAUGGGCUACGUCGAGGAGAUGCCGGCGUCGAGGAUCAUGCGCGAUGCGAAGCUGUACGAGAUUGGCGCCGGCACGUCCGAGGUCCGGCGCAUGGUCAUUGGGCGCGCCUUUAACAAGGAGUACGGCCAUUUGUCGGGCUAG